AACAAAGGGCACAUUGUAGUGCAUGUUAGCGCUUCUGCUUGAUUUAGACAUCUGAAUUUGAAUGACACUGAUAUGUGUUAAAAAUGAACUCAAGCCACCUCAACAUUUCCAAUGAGCUGCCACCCCCCUCAGGUAAAUGUGUCCGAGACACCAGCAUCACUCAGGUGGUUUUUCCAUGUCUAUAUAGUAUCCUCUUUGCUGUGGGGCUCACCCUCAACUGUCUGGCAGCUUGGAUAUUUUUCCGCAUUCCCAAUUCAACCACAUUCAUUAUAUACCUAAAAAAUGUGGUAGUCGUCGACCUAUUAAUGACUGUGACAAUAUUAAUUAAAACGAUCAGUGAUUCAGGACUUGGAUCUUGGCAGCUGAAGGCUUUUGUAUGUCGAUACUCAGCUGUUGUCUUUUACAUGACUAUGUACAUCAGUAUCAUCCUGCUUGGGCUGAUAAGUGUUGAUCGGUACCUCAAAAUCGCGAAACCCUUUGGAAGAGCCUUCAUCCACAACACAACUUUUGGAAAAGUCCUCACGGUGCUGAUAUGGACGUUAAUGUUUUUUAUAACAGCCCUGCCAAACAUGAUUCUGACAAACAAGACCCCCUCUGCAUCGGUGAAGAAAUGCAGCUCGCUGAAGGGUCCCCUGGGAUUAAAGUGGCACGAAGCUGUAAACUACCUCUGCCAAAUUAUUUUCUGGACUGUUCUUGCCCUGAUGGUUAUCUGUUACACCUUCAUAAGCAAGAAAGUGUAUGAAUCUUACAAAAACUCCAGAAGUAAUGAUAAAAGAGCCACACGAAAAACAAAGGCCAGAGUGUUUAUCGUUGUGGCCGUGUUUUUUAUCUGCUUUGCUCCAUUUCAUUUUACGAGAGUACCGUACACCUUAAGCCAAACAGGAACACUGUCUGACUGCAGGGCACAGAACACACUUUACAUGGCAAAGGAAAGCACCAUGUGGUUGUCAGCAACCAACACAUGCUUAGACCCACUCAUAUAUAUUUUCCUGUGCAAAGUGUUUCGAAAAAUGCUGUUUGAUACUCUGAGACUUAAAUCCAAAACUGUUAAGACAAAUGAAACCUCGACAAACGCAGAGGAAACACCUAUGUAGCAUGAUGCAACACAAUAGAACUGGUUUAUACUGCUAAGUUUUACUUUAUCCUGACCUUGCUAUUUAUUUAUUUCUGCUGUUUGCUUUUUCGUUGCACUUUCAUUUCAAAUCAAAACGAUGUUUCAUGGAUUUUUAUAAAUUACUGUUUUUAUGAGAAUGGGCAGUACUGAUAAGAUAACAAAAUCAGCUGAAAUACUUUUAAUCAAGAAUAUAAGUAUACAACAUACAAAAGAUAACAAGUUUAAAAAAACGUCUUAAUGAAACAGGCCAAACAAAUUACAGCUGUACUUGUGGUUGUCGCUAAAAUCAGCAUGUGAAGUAACAGUAUUUUUAAUUUUUUCAGAAAUGUACUGAUGUUUCUUUUGCAUGCUUUUAGAAUUAUAUCAAAGGAUUUUCUUGUUUUGUUAUUAUUUUAUAUUAUAACAAAUUAGUACAUAUUUUUAAA